AUGAUCAGGUACGAAGCAGAGUUGUUUGCGAAGGUUCUUGAAGAUAUUUUGUGUAAAGUGAACGUAGUGGGGAUAGAUUCUUACACAAAAAAGAUUAAAGAUUUAUUAAAGCUUGGAACAACCGAAGUCCGUACCGUGGGCAUCUAUGGGAAGGCUGGAAUGGGUAAAACAACCUUAGCAAAGGUCGUCUAUAAACAAAUCUGUGAUAGAUUUGAAGGCAGUAGUUUUCUUUCAGACAUUGAAGAAAUUUCAAAACAGCCUGAUGGUUUAGUUCGUUUACAGAAACAUCUUCUUCGUGAUAUCUUGAAAAUGGAGAAUUUGAAGAUCGACAACAUUCUUGGAGGAAUCAACUUGAUUAAAGAAAGUUUGCGAGGCAAAAAAGUUCUUGUUGUUCUUGAUAAGGUGAAUCACAUGAAACAACUACAUGCAUUAGCUGGAAAUUCUGAAUGGCUUGGUCCAGGAAGUAGAACUCUUGCAACAACUAGAGAUGAACCAUUGCUAACUCGACUCGGCGUGCAUGGAAAAUUUCAGGCUGAAGAAUUGAAUUACUGGGAGUCUUUUCAACUUUUCAAUUGGUAUGCCUUCGGGAUGGUUGAUGCAAGAGAAGGUUACCUAGAGGUUUCUAUUCGUGCGGUGGAGCACGCUGGUGGAGUUCCUUUAGCACUUAAGGCUUUGGGUUCUUUUCUACGAGGAAGAAGUAUUGAUGUAUGGAAAAGAGUACUAGAAUAUUUAGAGAAAAAGUCGUCACAAGGAGAUCCAGAAAAUACUUGGGCUGAGCUUGCAAGUUUUGAUUCCAGAUAUGGGAAAGAGAUAUAG